AUGGCCAAGUCGAACGCAAGCUUCAAAUUCUCGGCUGCGGGCUUGUCGGCUGACGCCCAAGCCGCCAAUCGCGACGGCCGCGUCGUACGGAAUGACUUGUCGAGGCGGCAAGUCCUCCGGCGGUCCGUCCGCCUCGUCGUCGUCGUCGUCGUCGGCGUUCUCGUCCUCCUCCGACGCCGGGUCCAAGCCGAACAACUGAACCCGAAAACCUCAUAA